AUGUCACCAGAGUUAGACAAUUUUUCAAGUAUGAAUGCGUCAACCACGAACAUCGACACCACAUCAAAUGAUGCUAACACACUUGAAAACUUUCAUUUAACCGUUAACAUUACUGCUUUAAUAUUCGGUCAUAUAGAUUUAAUAGCCUGUUCUCUUGUGAUUUAUUCGGCAUAUGUGAGAUGGCGUACAAGUUCUCUAGCAAUAUCAAGUCGCGUCCCUUUAUAUCUCAGUAUUUCAGACGUAUUGCAAUAUUUGGUUUUCAUGCCAAACUUUUUUUAUUCGUUGAUUUUCCAUAAAGCCAUUCCUGAAACGACUUGUAAAAUACUAGCCUAUCUGUUCUUUCUUCAAAUAAAUAUCAAUAUGAUUUUAAUGGCUGGUCCAGCAAAAUAUUGGUGCCUAACGUCAGCAACCACUGAUAAUCCAUUAAAUACAUUGAUAAUCGGUGUAAUUGUUACAUUCGCCAUAACUUUUAUUACAACAUGUUACAGUUAUAUUAAAACGUUAUCAAUGAUAUUUAAUGUAGAUCGAGAAGAAAUAUCGACUUCAAUGGACAGAGUUAAUAGACGGAACAAAUUAGAAAGGCAGACUACGUUAAAAAUCUUGAUUUAUAUUUCAAUCUAUAUAAAAUGGAUUCCUUUGAUGUUAUAUGGUAUAUGCACUAUGUCUGGUUAUGAUGAAGCUUUAUGGAUGCACAUCUUUGCAAUUACCGGAUUUCAUUUGGGAGGCAUAUAUAAUUGUAUAUUAUAUCUCAUGAACGAAGGAAUUCGUCGGUCAAAUAAGGAUUUAACAUUGUGUGCGUUGGAAAAUCGUAGCUUUAAUCAAUCGGAUUAUCAACCACCUCAACAAUCGAAAUCACAAGAUCCAGAAUCCAUAAAUAUAAUCGAUUAA